AUGCCUGACCAAAUGAGUUACUCUCUACGGCGUAUACUAUACGGAUUGGCGCUGCUCGCAGCUGGUCAAAGUGGCUGGGCAUUUCAACAGCGUCGAGGCUUUGAUUUAAUCUCUGGCAGUGAAAUGAGCAGUCGGUAUAUUGAUGCGAUAUUGGGACAAUCGAAGGCGGCCGAAAUAUCAAGUUUUAUGAAUGAAAACGCCGAUCCGUGCAACAAUUUUUACGAAUUUGCCUGCGGCAAUUGGCCACGGAUUAAUAAGGCCGAUGCAAUUCAUGUGUCAACUGGACUGUUAGAGAGGAUGAAUGAAGCAGUUAAUCGUAAGAUAAAGAAGUUUCUCAACAAGGAAGAUACAAUGCGGGAUACCGAAGAGGACAAGCAGGUAAGGGACUUUUACAAGUCCUGCACCCGUGUGACGAGCAUUGAUAAGGAAUAUCAAGAUGAGCUCAGGUCUCUGAUUAAAGUGUUCGGUUCGAUGCCCGUGCUGGAGGGAGACAAAUGGAAUGCGUCAAACUUUGACUGGUUGAACACCACGGCAGCCAUAAGUUUUUACUACGGUCUCAAUAUUAUCGUGGGAACAGAGGUACAAAAGGACCUGAUGGACAAUAAGGUCAACAUUGUAUAUAUUGUUGCACAGGACUUUGCACUUCAAACCCGCAGCAUGUAUCAAGAGGAACACACUGAAACUUAUCGAAAAACAUAUCAGGACUAUAUGGCACAAAUAUUACAAAUUUAUUUAGGCGUUGAGACCGAAUUGGCGCAAAAAACGGCCUCAGAGCUCAUGGACCUUGAAGUGCAACUUGCCAAUGGUAUUUUGAGUGGUAGUCAACUGAUUCAGAUUUCUAAAAAGACGACACUUGAUGAAAUGCAGAGUAAAUAUGCUCCUGAUUUAAAUGUGAAACAUCUCGUUGAAAUAACAAUGAAAAAACUUGUCGAAAAUGUAUUUGAUUUCAAUCCGCAUUAUAAAACGAAUCUAAUCAAAGUUGUGAAGAAAACUUCUAAACGGAUACUGGCCAACUACAUUUUUUUUAAACUGAUUGCUAAAUUUACUCUUCCAAUGGACAAAUCAACCAAGAUGCCAGACUGUUUUGCGGAGACUCAAAAGUAUUUUUCCAAGAACUUGGAUAACAUGAUCUAUCGACGCUACAACAACGAAGCCACUGCCUCCGAUAUCGAGCUCAUCUGGAGCGAGCUUAAGGAAACCUUUAAGCAGCAACUGCUGUCCGAUCGAUCUUUAAACUGGAUUAGCAACACAACCCGCGAGAAGGCUGUUGAAAAGCUGGCAACGAUGAGGCUUCAGGUCAGCUCAUAUGCUAACGAAGAUUUGUCCAAAGAUUUUAGGGAUAUGCACCUGCAGAAUGAGAGCUAUAUCUCCAACCUAAAGAAUGUGUUCGAAGUAAAAACGAACAGGGCCAGACAGCUCCUGAGUCAGCCUGUCAAACCAGUGGACAAUUUCCCUAGCUUCACACCAAUGUACUAUCCGCCGGAGAACGUUAUCAAUGUGCCUGUGGCACUGCUUCAACCAUACUUUCUCUGGGCCUCCAGUUAUCCCAAUGCCAUCAAAUUUUCCACAUUGGGUUUUUUUAUUGGCCACGAGCUGAUUCAUGGAUUUGACAGUCAGGGACGUAAGUUCGAUGCGGUGGGCAACAUUAAUAAUUGGUGGGAUGAGGAGUCCACAGCAAAUUUCCUGAACCGCAGGAGCUGCUUUACGGAUCAAUACAGUAAAUAUUCCUACAACGGACGCUUGCUGCCGCCAUCGAAAGAUCAAUCGGAGAAUAUCGCGGACAAUGGCGGUCUACGUGUGGCCUACACCGCCUAUCGCCGAUGGCAGGAUGCUCAGAAGACCUCAGGAGUCAACGUCAACGAAGCUGGCAAGAAUAAGCUGCCCAAACUCAAUUACACCAACACGCAGCUCUUUUUCAUCAGCUACGCCCAAGUGUGGUGCAAUGAUGUCGAACCAACUUUGCGCAGUUCACAGGUCGAAACGGAUGAACAUGUUCCUGGUGAAUAUCGGGUAAUAGGACCUCUUUCCAACUUUGACGAAUUUGCCAAAGAUUUUCAGUGUGAAUUGGGCACACCCAUGAAUCCUGCUACCAAGUGUAAAUUAUACUAGAUUUUAAGACAUUUCCCAUUUAAUGAAAAUAAACACUCUUGAAUUAAA